GCGCAGGCGGCGCUGAGGCGAGGCGGAAGGGCAAGGAAGGAGGUGACGAUGAAAGUGAGCGCCGGCUCCAGCAGCGGUUCCGAGGGAAGCUCAGCGGCCGUGGGCGCCGGGAACAGGCCGGACACCUCGCUGACGGGCUGACCCCGGUGCUGGCGAGGGCGGGGCCGCGGAGCGGGCUGCCGCAGUGUGCGGGCCCGCGGCGGGCCGGGUGAGGACUGCGAGGCACGGAGGUAAGCGGGAGCCGCGGUGUCCGUUCGGCCAGAUGACAGCCCCCUGGCCGCUCCCGCGCCGUGCGCGCCAGCUCAGCACCCCGGCCUGGAGGCCGCAAGCGCUGCCCUCCUCCCUCCCACGUCCGCCACGGAGGCAGCGGAUCUCCGGGGGCCGCUGCUCUACCUUUCUCGGGGCGGGAGGGAGCUCGUCCCUGGGGACCGCCGUCCUCUGUGUCUCGCCAGUUCGAGCUGAUCGACGCAGAAGCAGGAAAAACUAGCGCCCCCGGCAGCCCCUCCUGAAGCUACAUCCAGAUCUCAUUAUGUAUCAGAAAGAUGAAAAAACAGAGGAAAAUUCUAUGGAGGAAAGGAAUCCACUUAGCUUUUUCUGAGAAAUGGAAUACUGGGUUUGGAGGUUUUAAGAAGUUCUACUUUCAUCAGCACUUGUGCAUUCUGAAAGCAAAGUUGGGAAGGCCAGUUACCUGGAGCAGGCAGGUGAGGCAUUUCCAGAGCAGAAAGAAGGGCCUUCAAACCCAGCAAACUUGGAUCCAGGAUGAACCCCUUUUUGAUAAGACGAAGUUGAAUGUGGCUGCUGAAAACGUUAGUCCUCUGUCCUCUAAAGUGAAAAGAAACGGCAGUAAACACUCAAGGACCCUCCCGAAACGCCAAGCAGAGAAGUCGCUGUCAGCAGAGAACUGUGACCAUGAGGACCACGGAGGGAAAAAUCUCUCGCAGGCAGGGGCUGACUUACCAGCAAAUAGUGUUUUAGGUCACAGACCCAGGAGGGAGCUGCAAGCUUCUGACUUUCCCAUGAAGUUCAAUGGGGAGAGUGGCACGGUUGUGGUCACCUUGAGCAACCAUAAGAGAAAGCGCUUUUGUUAUGGCUGCUGCCGAGGACUGGAGCACCCCAGGAAGAGGGGACCUCUGACUCCGAAAAAGUUCCAACUUAACCAACAUAGAAGAACAAAAGGAUCUCCUCUUAUGAUGUAUGAGAAAUUAUCCAUGAUUAGAUUUCGGUACAGGAUUCUCCGAUCCCAGCACUUCAGAACAAAGAGCAAAGUUUGCAAGCUAAAAAAAGCCCAGCAAAGCUGGGUGCAGGUCACUGGGGACCAUCAGGAGACCCUUAGGGAGAACAGUGAGGGUGGCAAUUGCAGCCCAUUCCCUUCCCCAGAACUGAAAGACCCUUCUUGUCGGCAUCAACCACACUUCCCAGACAUGGACAGCAGUGCUGUGACGAAAGGAAAGAACUCUCACAUGCCUGAUGGCUGCGCUAAAGGAAGCCCUUUCUUGGGCAAGGAGCUUAGUUUAGCUGAAGCAUUCCCUGACCAACAGAAUGGCGGUGCCACAUACACCUGGGACCAGUCACCCUCUUCCCCUCCUAAGUGGGAGUUUCCAGAGCUAAUUCAUGACAUCCCCUUACCAGACCAUCAUUCUAGUAACGUGUUUAUCUCAGAAACCGAAAGAGAAACUGUGACUCUUGGUCAGGAAAAUCGGACAAGUAAUGACACAGUAAAAUUGCCAGUGUCUGGGGCAGAUCAAUCUGUAAGUAAUGUAGAUGGGCCUGUGUCCGAAGAGACUGUUCAGAAAGAGGGCUCGUACCAGAUGGAUGAGGAUGGACCUCUCAAGCAGAACAUUCUUAGUUCUAAGUUGCUGGACCACCCUUAUUGUAAAAGCCCGCUGGAGGCUCCUCUGAUGUGCAGUGGAGUCACCCUAGAAAAUCAAGUGGGAGGUGGGAAGAACAGUCAGAAAGCAUCUCCAGUGGAUGACGAACAGCUGUCAGUCUGCCUUUCUGGAUUCCUAGAUGAGGUUAUGAAGAAGUAUGGCAGUUUGGUUCCACUCAGUGAAAAAGAUGUCCUUGGAAGAUUAAAAGAUGUCUUUAAUGAAGACUUUUCUAAUAGAAAACCAUUUAUCAAUAGGGAAAUAACAAACUAUCGGGCCAGACAUCAAAAAUGUAACUUCCGUGUCUUCUACAAUAAGCACAUGCUGGAUAUGGAUGAUCUGACGACACUGGAUGGUCAGAAUUGGCUGAAUGACCAGGUCAUUAAUAUGUAUGGUGAGCUGAUAAUGGAUGCAGUCCCAGACAAAGUUCACUUCUUCAACAGCUUUUUUCAUAGACAGCUGGUAACCAAAGGAUAUAAUGGAGUAAAAAGAUGGACUAAAAAGGUGGAUUUAUUUAAAAAGAGUCUUCUGUUGAUUCCUAUUCACCUGGAAGUUCACUGGUCUCUCAUUACUGUGACACUUUCUAACCGAAUUAUUUCAUUUUAUGAUUCGCAAGGCAUUCAUUUUAAGUUUUGUGUAGAGAAUAUAAGGAAGUAUUUGCUGACUGAAGCCAGAGAAAAAAAUAGACCCGAAUUUCUUCAGGGUUGGCAGACUGCUGUUACAAAGUGUAUUCCACAACAGAAAAAUGACAGUGACUGUGGAGUCUUUGUGCUCCAGAUUUUAUCAUUAGGAAGAACCAUCUUUGAAGACCAAGAAUGAAUAAUUGCUAACACACAUGUCUUAUCAAAGUACUGCAAGUGCCUCGCCUUAGACCAGCCUUUCCAGUUUUCCCAAGAAGACAUGCCCCGAGUGCGGAAGAGGAUUUACAAGGAGUUGUGUGAAUGCCGGCUCAUGGACUAACACCCAGCAACACUGGGAAGUCUGACCAAGUUGGAGCAGAUGAUUUGUUACUUGAAUCUCCAAACACUUAUUUGAAUUCUAACAGAUAUUUCAGAUCGGUGGUAUUGGGCCACUAUUGUUACCUCAAGUUUAUUUUUAGCCCUUAUUCAUUUCUCUAACUACAAUGGACUAUUUUUUAAUGUUCAGAUUGGUUUCAGUUUUAACUUUAUGAAUUCCACAUGUUCUCCCCACCCCAUAUUUAAUAUUUAUUGUCCAAACGCAUGCAUAUAGACAGAGCAUGCAGUGCAGAGUAUUAAAAAACACAAAAAAACCUAGAUUUGGUACAGCUUUUGAAACUUAGAUAUGAACUGAACAUAGGUUUCAAAUAUAAUCCCAAAACCUAAAAAAGGUGGGAUUUUUUUAUACAACAUGACUCUGAGAGUAUUAGGUGUUCCCUGGGCGUAGGAUAGCUAGUUGUUUCAACAAAGCCAGUCCUGUCUUACGUUUACCAGCAGUACCUCUCACUGACUUCCCUCUCUGAGUCUUGGAAGGUGAGUUGCAUUCCUUUUGAAGGGUGAGAAGGAAGUGGCCAAAAACUAACUGGUGUGUUCCCUUCCCGGAGGCACAUGUGAGAAGAAUUACAAUAAAUGCCUAUGUCUUACAAAGGAUUUUACUGGAACAUUGAAUUCCCUGGAUUUUUGUUUUUGACCCAUUAAAAAACUUAGUAUCUGUCAGACAAGUGGUCAAACAAAUGAGAAUUCAGCUUAGAGUAAUUUACAAGUUGACACUUCUCUUGUCUCCCAUAAGAAAUUAGGAUUUGUCAGAUACCUUUCUAUUUCAGGGGUAUUUAAAAUAUAAACAUUUAAAACUGAAGAUUCUUCAGGUCUUUUCCAGGUGGGUUGGGGAAGAGGAAUGGUAAGAGAAGACUUGAUUCCUCAGGAGUACAGCAAGUGCUCCCCCCUCCCCCUCAGCUCUUCAGUGAUCUUAGCAACGUGCUGGGCUCCUCAUUUGGCCUCCGCUUGACCAAGGAGUCUUUUUUUUUGCUUCUAUGAACCUCAUCUUCCGGAGAAAGGCAGAAGUGGCCCUGUUCCUACACUUGGCUGCAUUAGGAUUAAUACAAUGGAUCUUGCAUCUUCAGUCUAGCUAUUUGUGGUAUUUGAAAGGAAAUAAAAAAUGCAUGUUAAACUAUCCAAUUAUCUGUUCUGAACUGGGCAGGAAAAACAACAGAUAUGUAUGUAAGGAACUUAGACGUUUGUACAGAAAAAGACCAAGAAAAUGGCAGAAGACACUUAGGAUCUAUGCCUAGUUAGGUGUUGAAAAUAAAAAGCUAAAACGUGCCGUUUACCUUGGCCAUCGGGCAAGGCCGGCAGCUGAGGGUGGAGUCAGCCAUGUUUACACACAGGGUUCCCUCCGCAGACAGACCAGCACCAACACCAGUGUUUACAGUGUAAACAGCCCCCCAGACUCACUCUCUUUAGUACAAAACCAGGUCAGUAUUUUUUAUUGUGCUUCAAGUCCAAAAAGACUGAGAUUAGAGGCACUUUAUGCUGCUAUAGAUAGGGUUGUGUCUGCAUUAGAAAAAUUACAAUUUAAAAUGGGGAGGACAUCUUGAGAUUUUUCAGCUUUCAGACAUAAAGUGUGCAAAAUGAGGUUUUUUCAAAUUUGUGACACAUUUACCUAACUUUUUUGUAGCUGUACAAAGUAGCCAAUAACUAGGUUUUUGAUUUAAAACGUCUUAUACUUUAGAGCUCCAUCUCUCACUUCCUUACUGACAGAAUUCGGCAUGCAGAAGCUUAAUGAGUGCCCAACGCCUGAGCUGCCGUUUCCUCCAAUCUGAGAAACUGUCAUCAUCUCCACAUUGAGGCUCGCAGGGAUGUUCAUAGAGAACCGGAAGUGAGCUGUCUCGUCAUUUCUCAUUCCCUUCCAGCUUUAUGGGACACAUUGGGAUGCAUUGCUCAGCAUGCUUUAGUCUAAACUACAAAUAUUUUAAAUCUGGUUAAAAUGUUUCUCUGCAUUCAUGAAACUUGGUUUUAUCAGUCACUUUCCCCCUCUUGUGAUUAGUUAUAAACCUCUAGCCCAAGAGUGGCCUUUUUAUUGACGUUUGCAAUAGUUGCUUCCUUGCAACAGACGUUUUUUAAAUAUAGUUUGGGCUGUUGGUGGAAGGGACAGGCAUUGUUUUUACUGUCGCCAACUUGUCCCUGACUUGUUGCCCACGAGGUGGGUAGACCUUAUGCUUUUGGGGUUGAGUGCAGACCUUGUAUAAACUAAAAGCUACUUACGAUGCAUCUUCAGCAAGCUGCCCAGUUUUCUCCAUCAGCAAGCUUACCUGUCUGUAGCCUGCGCUUCCAGUGAUUUUUUUUUUUUUCCUUUUGUUAAAUGUAUAGCAAUGAAUGUAGACUUAACUCUUCUAGCUCUGGCAAGGUUGUAGAGAACCGACCUUCUCCUAAGGAAAGGAACCUUCUAAAGGAAAAAGCAGCACUUGCUCCUCAGUCCCCAAACCCCUUUUUAAGCUUUGCAUUGUAUUUUCUAUUAUCAUUCAAGACGAGUUAACAUUGGUCAUCUUGAAUUCAUAGUUGGAACAAAACAAGUUCAGCCAGCACUAGUCUAAGCUGAGCUGCCCUUUCUCUUUGCAAUUGUAGUUCAUUGGUUUAAGAGAUAACUGGGAGUUCUGGGCGGGUCAGAACCAUCAGGCGAGAAUCUGUAUUUAUAGUGUGAAUUAGACAUACUGACUACCUGCUCUGCUUACUGAUGUUAAGAAACCAAACUAAUCUGCAACUAUAAAGCACAUACCUUAUGUGCUGGGCUCUGCCUCCUGGCCAGUAGACAAUUAAGAAGGCCUAGGGAUACCAUCAGAGAAGCGCUAAUUGUAUUGGGGUUUUACAAAAGCAGACCUACACAAGCUGUUCUCUUAAGAAGUACCUUUUGGUCAGAAAAAAGAAUUUAUUUAAAGGUUGUGAUAAUGUAAAAUGACUCAAACCUCCUAGCAAAAAUAUUUUUUUGAAAAAUAAAUGAAAUGCCUUUAUAAA